AUGAAGCUUACUCUUAUUUGUUUACUGGUGAGCUUCGUUCUGCUGCAAUAUGUGGAGCACAGUGAAGCCUGCUUGGAGGUAAUUGAGCAUGCCCUGGGGCUUGAGCCCUGCAAAGAGGAUGCCCGAAAGGAACAUCAUAAGGUAACUCAUAAGGAACCUAAUGGACGUGGACCGGGACUCGUGAGAACCACUAGGAGUCGUGUCACACUAAGGCCCAGGCAUCGUGUAACUAGACGUAUAAAGCGACACACCAUGGAACAUCAUAGGACCACUAGGAGCAUUCCAGUUCCUCCAAAGGAACAUACUACUCACAGAAUGUGUACCGAACCGACCAAUCCACCUUGCACUGAAAAGACUACUCCUCCUUGCUCAGAGAUUACUAAUGAACCGACCAGCCGACCCUGCACUGAGGAGACUACGAAUAGAAUUCCUUGCACCGAAAAUACUACAGAAGCUACAAAUCCACCUUGCACAGAGAAGAUAACUACUCCUUGCUCCAAGAUUACUACUGAGCCGACGAGUCCACCUUGCACUGAAAAGGCUACUCCGCCGUGCUCCGAGAUUACUACUAAACCGACUACUAAAGCCACCAAUCCACCUUGCACAGAGAAGACUACUACUACACCAACGACCGAGGAACCCUGUGGAUGUAAAUCAAGUCACCCACCAGGAUGGAAUCCCGGUGGUCCCAUACAGACAUCACCUCCAAAGAUCACCAAGGAACCCUGCGGAUGUAAGCCGAAUCACCCACCUGGAUGGAAUCCUGGCGGUCCUAAGAUUCCCAUUCCAAAUGUUCCCGGACAUUUUGGACCCGGUCCUGUCAUCCCCAAUGGAGGAGGAAAGGGAUGUGGCUGCCCUAAUGAAUGUCCACCCAAAGAGGAGUUAGGCGAAGAUCUUCGUAUAAUCCAGGACAAAAUACAAUUACUGCUUGACGGAUGCAUCCUACAGAGCCAAAGCUGUUAA